AAGCGAACCUGUUGUCUACUUCGUAAUUCGCGUCAUAAAACUCGAAAAUACCGCCAAUCCCUUCCCCUCACACCGGUUUCUGGUUUCCCGAUCACCAGAAGAUGGCGGUUUUCCGUCGUCUCCUCCUCCUCCUCCUUCUCUCCCACCUCCUCGUCUCCUCCCAAACCCUGGAUUUCCCCUUCCACAAGAAAAAGCACGAGAUCAAAGGCCCCAUCAAAACCCUAGUCAUCCUCGUCAUGGAGAACCGCUCUUUCGAUCACAUACUUGGAUGGCUGAAAUCCACCCGCCCCGACAUGGACGGCCUGAAUGGGUCCGAAUCCAAUCACAUCAACGCCUCCGAUCCCACCUCCCCCAGAAUCCCCGUCUCCAACGACGCCAUCUUCAUCGACUCCGACCCCGGCCACUCCUUCCAAGCAAUCCGUGAGCAGAUCUUCGGAUCGAGCGAUACGUCUGCAGAAUCCGCUCCGAUGAACGGCUUCGCUCAGCAAGCAGAGUCCAUGUCCCCAGACAUGCCCAGGACAGUAAUGAGCGGAUUCGAGCCUUCGCUCCUCCCGGCCUAUACGGCUCUCGCCAAUGAGUUCGCCGUCUUCGAUAGGUGGUUCGCCUCCGUGCCGUCCUCGACGCAGCCGAAUCGGUUCUACGUGCACUCGGCCACGUCCCAUGGUGCAUCGAGCAAUGUCCGGAAGGAUCUCAUCCGUGGAUUUCCGCAGAAGACGAUCUUUGACUCGCUGGACGAAAAUAACCUUAGCUUCGGGAUAUACUACCAGAACAUCCCGGCGGUGCUCUUCUUCAAGAGCUUGAGGAAGCUCAAGCACGUGUUUAAGUUCCAUGAUUAUAAGCUGAUGUUUAAAUUGCACGCGAAAUUGGGGAAGCUGCCGAAUUAUGCGGUGAUUGAGCAACGUUACUUUGAUGUGGCGCUGACCCCGGCUAAUGAUGACCAUCCAUCGCACGACGUCGCACGGGGGCAGAAGCUGGUGAAGGAGGUCUAUGAGGCUUUGCGAGCCAGCCCGCAGUGGAACGAGACGGCGCUGCUGAUUACAUAUGAUGAGCAUGGUGGAUUUUACGAUCAUGUGCCGACGCCGGUGUCUGGUGUUCCAAACCCAGAUGGGAUUGUGGGGCCCGACCCAUUCUACUUUAGGUUUGAUAGGUUGGGUGUUCGGGUUCCGACGAUCUUGGUCUCACCAUGGAUUGAGAAGGGAACAGUGAUCCAUGAACCUGAUGGACCGACUCCACAUUCCCAGUACGAACAUUCGUCUAUUCCUGCGACGGUAAAGAAGCUUUUCAACCUCAACUCAAAUUUUCUAACAAAGAGGGAUGCAUGGGCUGGGAGCUUUGAGAACUAUUUCUUCCUCCGUGACAGUCCCCGUGGUGAUUGUCCAGAAAAACUCCCAGAAAUCCUAAGAUCACUGAGACCUCAUGGACCAAAGGAAGAUUUGGCCCUUUCAGAGUUUCAAGAGGAGCUUAUUCAGCUAGCUUCCCAGCUCAAUGGGGACCAUGUCCUCAACACAUACCCAGAUAUCGGUAAAAGCAUGACUGUGGGUCAAGCUAACAAGUAUGCGGAGGAUGCGGUUGCAAGGUUCCUGGAAGCCGGAAGAGCCGCUCUUAGGGCAGGAGCAAAUGAAACCGCAAUUGUCACCAUGCGACCUUCCCUCACAAGCAGGACAUCAGGAACUUCGAACUCUUACUUGCAAAGCAGUUGAUUCCGCUCCAGGUCUGCAUUCACUUGUACACGUCACAUCACCGAAUACACUUAUAUUAAAUUCUGUAUUAUAUUGAACUCCUUUGAAGGUGACCAUACUGUGGGCUCUGUUAUAUAAGCGGGCAAUCACAUCAUCUCAUCCUCCGUGUAGAGGAUAGCAAGGGUCUUGCGCUCAACAUCUCAACGAUUUUUGGAUGCUUUUGAGUCCUGAAAUGGCCUAUACGUUCAACCUCUUAUGGCAGUUCAGAUUUAAUGUACAAUUGUUAUUUCGUUCUGCUUCUAGCAAGUCCUUGUACAUCACAUAAGCGUCCAGACCCUGUGUUUCUAUUAUACAUUUCUCAUACUAAAAAUUUUUAAGUAAAUCCUGUGUUUCUAUUA